AUGUCCAGACCAAAAGUCUUCUUCGAUGUUACCAUUGGAAACAAUCCAGCAGGUAGAAUUGUCUUUGAAUUGUUCAACGAUGUUGUUCCAAAGACUGCUGAGAACUUUAGAGCCUUGUGUACUGGUGAGAAGGGAUUCGGAUACAAGGGAUCCAUCUUCCAUAGAGUCAUUAAACAAUUCAUGAUUCAAGGAGGAGACUUUACCAAUUUCAAUGGUACUGGUGGUAAGUCCAUCUAUGGUACCAAAUUCGAAGAUGAGAACUUUAAGAUCAAGCACACUGAGCCUGGAUUGUUGUCCAUGGCCAAUGCUGGUAAGAAUACCAACGGUUCUCAAUUCUUCAUUACCACUGUUCCAUGCCCAUGGUUGGACGGUAAGCAUGUUGUCUUUGGAAAGGUUGUUGAAGGAAUGGAUAUUGUGACUCAAAUUGAAAACUCCAAGACCAAUCCAAAUGACAAACCGCUCCAAGAAGUUAAGGUUGCUGAUUGUGGUCAAUUGUAA